AUGAGGAUUUUAAAAGUUGUUUGCUUAUCUGCUUUUGCAGCGGCGAAGACGAUACCGAAAGAGGAUGAAGGAGCGCUGACGAUUAAUCUUGAAAAAGCCCCAAAGCAAGAAAAAACAACGAAAAAGCAGUCAAAAAAGACGAAGAAUAAAAAACAAACAGCGAAGCUCCACGCUGCUCCAAAACCUGAAUACCCACAAGGCACAAUCAGCAACCCAAAAUUCGUCGUCGAUCCAAACGAACUAAACACAAGCUUUGGCCAGUUCGCAAAGAAAAUGCAACAUCCAGCGUACUUGAACAGCGAGACUAUGCUCAGAGAUAUGAUUGAAAAGGGUAAAAAGCUUGGACGAGAAGAUCUAGCUGCGAAAUUCGCGGAAAAACUCAAUCUCCCUAAAGAAGAGGAAAAUCUCAGAUGCUUGGAAUGCUCUGGAAACUCGUACGAAGAGUGCUACCGAAUGGGACAAGUCAGGACUUGUGGAUCGACAGAAAAAAGUUGCAUGCUCGAAGUGAGAUUUGAAGGAAGCAUCAACAGCGAAAAUGGACCUCAAGUUCGUCAAGUGCGCUCUGGAUGUCAGCAAAAGGUCGCCUGCAUCAACAACAUGAAACAAAAUUUCUGGGAAAUCGAUGGAAACCCAGUCAAUCUUCAGGACUCUCACAUGCACAAUUGCAAGAUUUACUCCGACACAGAAGAUGUUUCUGUCUGCAGAAACUGUUGUUUCAAGGACAACUGCACGAAGGGAUGGCAGCCAACUGACUACACUGAAUGGGUUUUCGAAGAGCAGAAGAAAGUCAAGCAAGAAGCUAUGCUCUUUGACCAGUUCGCGAAUCCUCCAGAUCAUUGGAUGAAAGCAGCAGAAGACCGAUUUGCCAAGCGCAUUGAAUACUUCAGCAACAUCGAAGAUCUCCACAGAGCACCCACUUACAACGAAAAACCUUCGAAAAAGUCGAAAGAAUUGAAGAAAGAAAAGAAAGAUUCCGAUCGAGUUUUCAAUCCAGUCAUCAAUCUCAAGAAAACAUCAACGACCCGAGCUCCUCAAACAACAAGACGAGUCCCAACAACAAGGAGAACCACAACAACAACAAAGCCCGCUCGACCAAAUCUUCCUCGAUUCUCUGGCCCUGGUCGACCAAAUGUAAUCGGCGGCAAUUUCAAAAACGCUCCCGCAGCAACAAAAGCGCCCAAAAAGACCCCUCAAGCGACUAAAAAGGCUCCCGAAAAGGUCCCGGACGACUUCUUUUUUGCCCUCCUGAAUUCGAUCAAAAAAGAAGAAACCGUCAAAACAACCAAAGCUCCCGUUACAACCAAGCCGGCGAAGGAAGACAAGAAAAAACUGAAGAAACAGCAGCCAGAUCAGAUGCGAUUCGCAUUGAACGUCGAUGAGGAUGGAAAUGUCCACAAAACCUAUCAGAAAAUGGCGGAAAAGAAAAACUCGAAAAAGGCGGACGAGCGAUUUUUCGGUGUCAUGGGCGGAUUAGCUCCGACUAAAGCUACAACGACAACCAAAGCCACCACUACUGCGCAACCUUCCCAAAAAGGAGGCCCUCUUGCUCAUCUCCCACCAUGGCAGCAGCGAAAAAUCCGUCUCCAGCGAAAAAAGCUUCUUGAAGAACAAGUAGCCAAGGGAAACAAGGCCGCUAAGGUUCAACUCGAGCGACUGAUGAAAAUUAUCGAGCAAGACAAACUCGAGGUCGCUAAAAAUCAAGCUGUCCGAACAACUCUUCGACCGACAACAACAACGACUGAAAUGCCGAAAUUGUCCAAGAAGGAAAAGAAGAGCAAAAACUCGUCAAAAGCUAAAAAGGCUCAACCGCAAAUGAUGAAAUUCAGCCAGUGGGAGGCCGCUCCAUCUGUUAAAAUUCUAGAGCCAGAGACAAAAGACUCCGAGCCAGAGGAAACUGUGAUUACUGUCACUUCUGACAUGUCAGAUGAGGAAUUUUCAAAGAUGUUGCAAAACAUGGACCCAAAAAAUUUGGUAGAAACUGAGAAAAAGGACGUCUCGGACGAAGACUUUUUCAAAAUGAUCGACUUUUUGGGCAGAAAAUGA